AACUAAACUCUAAACUAUCAUCUUGUGAAGUGAUGUUGUUGUAUGUGGCGCAUGCGCAGUCCUGGUCAGGAAACAACCAAUCAGGUGCGAGCAACAGCACAGUCAGCUCUGCAUCGAGUGGAUAUAAAUAGAGACUCUCUGCUCAGGAUUUUAUCAGUGGACUCAAGAGAAGACUGAACUACGAAUCAUGCCGGACGCCCCCUCAGUCAAAGCGCCCAAGAAGGGCUCAAAGAAAGCCGUCACCAAGACCGCCAGCAAGACCGGCAAGAAGAGGAGAAAGUCCAGGAAGGAGAGCUACGCCAUCUACGUGUACAAGGUGAUGAAGCAGGUCCACCCAGACACCGGCAUCUCCUCCAAAGCCAUGGGCAUCAUGAACUCCUUUGUGGGCGACAUCUUUGAGCGCAUCGCCGGUGAGGCCUCCCGUCUGGCUCACUACAACAAGCGCUCCACCAUCACUUCCAGGGAGAUCCAGACCGCUGUCCGCCUGCUGCUGCCUGGUGAGCUGGCAAAGCACGCAGUGUCUGAGGGAACCAAGGCUGUGACCAAGUACACCAGCUCCAAGUAAAGCUGCUGCUAAACCAACAACACAAAGGCUCUUUUAAGAGCCACCCACUACAACUAAAGACAUGUUCCUGUCCUUAAAGCUUUAUAAAUACAUUUUGAACCAUGCAAAAACAAUACAGUUCAAUGUGUGCAAAGGAAGCAACUAUAUGAAUUGCCCUAUGGUGCUUACGUUACUGUUAUUGCAGUGUAGAAUUAAAGCUACAAUGUGUACCCCA